AUGGGAUCCAAGCAUUCCAAAUAUCCUAAAUUAAUACAUAAGAUUAACAAAGCUAGUGAUGACAAAAGACAAAAUGCUGAAUGCCCUCAAUUAGCUAAACAAGAUGACCUAUACAUAGAUAGAAUGCAAGUAUUACAUCACGUCAUGAGAUGUGUUUGCAAUGGGAACUUUGAAGCUCCAUUAAAUGAACAAUUGAAAGAAGGUGGUGUUGUAGUAUUAGAUUUCUGUUGUGGCACAGCAACGUGGCUAUCUGAGAUGGCCUCCGAUUUUCAAAAUUCGACCUUUGUAGGAAUAGAAAAGGUCUUAAUAUACCCUGAACACAAACCAAAAAAUGUUAGAAUAGUUCAAGCUGAUGUUUUAGAAAAAUUUCCAUUCCCAGGUACUAAAAUAAAAACUUUCGUAUAUGCUAUUGAUGCACAAUGGAGAAAUCAUUUGAUUAAAGAAUUUGUAAGAGUUCUUAAGCCUGGUGGUUACUUAGAGUGUACCGAUGGUGAUUUGAUACCAGAUAAUCCCGGUGUUAUUGUAGAACAAUUGCGCGUUGCUAUUGAAAAGAUAUUAAUCCAGGCCGGUCGGAAUCCCUCCCUUACUCAAAAAUUUCAUGAAGUUAUAGAAUCCCAGCCACAAAUGAGUAAGGUCAUUCAAAUGGAAUCCUUCAUGCCUAUAGGACCGUGGGGAGGCCAAAUAG